AUGCUGCAGUUGUUCGGUUGGGAUACAGUCCCGGCCAUUUCGUGGCUGGCCCUUGUCGCCGCGGUUACUGCAGUCAUUGCACACCAAUUCCUCUCCGUCAACAGAGAAAGCGCAGUCCGAUUUACGGUACAAGUCCCCCCGCGGCUGCAGCGCGAAUAUUCGUGGAAUUGCAAAGAAAUAGGCAAGGACGACGAAUCGCAGGACGAGGUCUCCAACGGCCAAAUACACCCCCGAUGUCCAGCAGACGGUCGUCGGCUUGGACUGCCCAUUACUCCCAAAGACGCGUCUGCGAUUGACUCUGCCAUCUCAGCCGCAGCGCGAGCUCAAGUCAAGUGGGCGCAGACUACUUUUCCAGAGCGGCGCCGGGUCCUUCGAUCACUGCUUCGAUAUGUCCUUGACCAUCAGGAACAAAUAGUGGCUGCGUGCUGUCUGGACUCUGGAAAGACCAAAAUAGAUGCAUGCUUCGGCGAAAUACUUGUCACGGUCGAGAAACUACAAUGGACUAUCAAACAUGGAGAAAGAGCUCUCGGCGCGUCAAGGCGACCGACCAAUCUUCUCAUGUGCUACAAGUCAAACACUGUUAUCUAUGAACCUCUCGGCGUGGUAGCAGCGUGCGUGAGUUGGAACUAUCCCUUCCACAAUUUCAUCUCGCCCGUCAUUUCAGCCUUGUUUGCGGGCAAUGCAAUCGUGGUGAAGCCGAGCGAGCAGACAUGCUGGAGCACCUUCUACUUCGUCGACAUCAUCCAAGGAGCAUUGCGGGCAUGUAGUCACAGUGCCGACCUUGUCCAGAAUGUCGUCUGUCUGCCAGAGACUGCAGAUCACCUCACCAGCCAUCCAGGGAUCAGCCACAUCACUUUCAUUGGCAGCAGAGAAGUCGCGCACAAGGUGUGUGCAUCGGCAGCGAAGUCGUUGACUCCCGUUACGGUGGAGCUAGGUGGGAAAGACCCUGCCGUCGUGCUUGAUGACCCAAGGACCAUCAGGGCCAUUGACGACGUGGUCUCAAUCCUAAUGCGUGGUGUCUUCCAAUCUGCUGGUCAGAACUGCAUUGGCAUCGAGCGCGUCAUCGCAUUACCUGCCGUCCAUGACAAAUUGCUCGCUGAGGUCCUUCCCAAAAUCAAAUCGCUUCGUCUCGGUUCUGUCCUCCUAUCAUCUCCCAACGACCCGCCAGACUUGGGCGCUAUGGUCUCGUCCAGCAACUUCUCCCGUCUCGAAAACUUGAUCUCCUCUGCAGUGGCUCAGGGCGCGACCCUCCACUGUGGGGGCAAACGCUACAAUCAUCCUGAGUAUCCCCACGGAACUUACUUCACGCCCACGCUGCUCAGCAACGUCACUCCUGAAAUGGAGAUCGCGCAAAAGGAACUCUUCGGGCCUGUUUUCUUGCUCAUGAAAGCCGAGAAUGUGGAUAGUGCGAUUCACAUUGCGAACUCGACAAGUUACGCUCUGGGCGCCGGAGUGUUCGGACACAACCAGCACGAUGUCCAGAAGUGCGUGAGGGGGAUCAAGGCAGGAAUGGUCGCCGUCAACGACUUUGGGGCAUACUACGCUUGCUCUCUACCCUUCGGCGGCGUCAAAGGCUCUGGGUAUGGCCGCUUUGGUGGCGAAGAAGGGCUGAGGGCGCUUUGCAACAUCAAGGCUGUCUGUGAAGACAGUUGGUGGGCGAGGGUUUUGGGUAUUCAGACGAGAAUCCCACCGAAAUUACAAUACCCAGUUUCGAUGCAUGGCUGGGACGUAUGUAAGGGCGUGGUUGGGACGGGGUAUGCGUACACUUUGGGUCUGUGGGAAUGGUCUGGCUCUGUGGUGCAGCUUUUGACGGCCUUGACGAGGAGUGAUGAAGAUAGUAGUAGACGGUGA